AUGGACACCCGGGCACAGGAAAAUAAGGAAGAUGUUGUUCAAGUGUCUGAGGCGAUGGAUAGGAUCGCAAAACUGAUUUUAGCAAAGAGAGUAUCGGAACGUAGCCCGUCUCAACCUCCGGUGAAAUUGGAUUACGAAAGUAAACUGGACCACUUGAGCAAUCUCAUUGAUUCGUUACUGUCCAGUUCGCAAUUGCGGGAUAUCCCUUUGCAGGUUGAUAGAGAGAAGUUGGACAGUACUUUUAGUGGAAAAGUGGAAAUAAUAGAGAAACAGGGACAGAAGUACGCUUUGAUACCGGUAAAGGAUGGAUUAACAACACAGAAGGGGGAAACGAAGAACAAGAAGAAGAAAAAGAAGAAAAAGAACAACAUUCAGUGCUCGUACUGUCACGAAACUGGACACACAAGGGCGAAUUGCCAACUACGACUGUCAAAGCCGCUGUAG